AGCCUCACCUAGCAGUCUCCUACCUCACCUAGCAGCUUCCUACCUCACCUAGCAGUCUCCUACACUACCUGGCAGCUUCCUUCCUCACCUAGCAGUCUCCUACACUACCUAGCAGCUUCCUACCUCACCUAGCAGUCUCCUACCUCACCCAGCAGUCUUAAUUAGCAGUCCUUACCUUACCUGCACCUGAACCUGUACCUGUAACCUGUACCUGUAACCUGCACCUGUGACCCCGUGAUCUGCGUGACCUACACAACCUGUACUUUGAAGAUGGAGCGUGGGGAGGCGGCGUGUCGUGUGUGUGGAGACAAGGCGUCGGGUAAACAUUACGGUGUGCCCUCCUGUGACGGCUGCCGGGGCUUCUUCAAGAGAUCCAUACGUCGGUACAGGAACAAGACGCUAGACUAUGUGUGUAAGGAGGCCGGGACGUGUGUGGUGGACGUGACCAGGAGAAACCAGUGUCAAGCUUGUCGCUUUAAGAAAUGUCUUGACGUUAACAUGAAGAAAGAUGCUGUCCAACACGAGAGGGCGCCUCGGUCGUGCCAGAAGCGGCCUAUGUUCGCUCCGGACAUGUCAGGGGCGGCAGGGUUCCCGCCCGUGUCUGUGGGUGGCGGCACGGCCUUCUCUCCCCUGCCACCCUACUAUCCCGCCCUGCUGCCGCCCAUGCACUUCAAGCCACCCUUCCUGCCAAUGACGCCUUCCAUGGCUCCCCUCAAUCUUCACUUCAGUCAUAACUCGGCUUUCAAGCCCAACCUGGCUGCCCUGGGUGGUGACCUGCGCCGCCCUUACACAGACGCCGCCCUCCAUCACUCUCCUUCGCCACCCAUCGAUUCUAAACCCCCAAUGAACGAGCGAGUGGAGUACAACCCCCCAGGCAUGGACCGUCUCGAGAUGAAGCCGCCAAUCAGCGAGCGCCUUGGUCUGAAGCCACCAAUCAUGGAGCGUCUUGAGCUGAAGCCGCCAACGGUCGAUCAGCGGCAGCCAAUGAGCAACGUGGCGGAGAUUUGCCGCGCAGCCAAUGAGGGCUCGGCGUUCAGCCCCCCACGUCGGGUCGGGUCACCCGCGUUGAACAAGAACAACAUCAGCGGUGAAGGUAACGUCUCCAUCACCACCGCCAACACUAACACCGCCACCGAUCUCUCCAGGAACACCAUCAACUCCACCAUAGCCGCCGCCAUCGUCCGUUCCAACAUUAUCACCACCACCACCAACAACAACAACAACGUCGCCAUCUUCAACAACAAUAACAAUAUCAACUUCUUC